CUUAUCAUUAUCUUCCCCUAUUAUUAUUGUAGUACUCUGUAGCAAGUCUAGUGACGCCAGACCUGUUGGAGAUCGCCACCCGUUUUCCCCACAGCCCCUCCAACGCUGACAAUUUCUCUGCCUGACAUCCUCGUUUCGGGCUGCUGUUUUGGUUUCUCGCUUCUGUGCUUCUGUGUCCAGUCUCUGUCUCUCAAGUGUCUCUGCUAUUUGUGGCCUUCAUCGUGACCUCUCCUCAGCGCAUCGACCGUACUUGUUCGGUGCGCAGAGACUCUCCCCACUGUUCUCCCCCACUUCUGCGCCCGCUCGUCUUCCCCCAAGGGGCCUUGAACUACCUCUUCAAUGGCUUACGAUGGGUACCAUUCGUCAGCAAACCCCUAUCAACCGGGCAACAUGAACUCGGAUCCAAAUGACCCUCACGGGUACACGCCCACACCCCCAUACCCAUCGAACAACUACGAGCCCGACCGUCUGAAUAUGCCUCAACCGCAGAUGCCCCCGCCCACAUCGUCCCCUCAGAGCAUGGAUUCAGAUACACCCCGACCGCAGAAUUUUGGACCAGGUCAUGGGUAUCUGAAUGAUGCGGUUAGCUCGGCGGUGCACCAGACAAACUCCUCCGAAUAUCUCUCUCCAGACGUCCUAAGCCAGAUCACCGCAACCGUCAUCCAGCAGCUCAAAGCCACAGGCCUGGGGAACCUCCAGGGCCCUGGAUCUUCUGCGCCCGCACCGCCGCGAUCGCAGUCGCAGCAACCUUCAUGGUCCGCAGGUCCAGAUCUGGCGCCUCGUCCGCACUCGGAGUCGCCGCCGAAUGUAUCACAGCGAGCCGACUCGAUGCCCCAGGUCAAUCCUAUGUCUAGUAGCUUCGAAUCUACUCAGCCAUAUGUUGCCCCUCAGGCACCGUCGUCUACAGGAUAUGCGAGUGAUACCCGUGAUAUGCGCCCAACUCCCAAGCAAUCACCCGACCCGCUGAGUAGCAGGCGCGAAUCGAUGUCUAGCCAUGGGAGUCAGAAAAUGGAACGGCCGAAGCCGCCAUCCAGAGACGCGACAGUCAUGGAGAUGACUACGCUGGAGAAGAUUUGGGGGAAACUGUUCGUGGAUGGCAAGCCGACGAAGAGGUUGGGGCAGUUCUUGCGAGGAAUUGCAAUGCAUCUGAUCGAGGAUUACCCGCCGGGAAAUACCAUUGUGAUCGUUCCGGAUAAGCUGCAGAAGUUCUACGCUGAUACCGAUGUGUCGUGGGACCCUUAUCCGUGGCAAGAUAUCUUCGAUGACCGAACAUCCUCAGUCUCAAGGCUCUUCCGAGAGGUAAAAGCGCAGCACCAUCUUGUCCAGCUUGACGACCUCAAGGAACGGCCCGACAUACCCGGCCUCACACCCAAAGGCUUCGAAGUAUGGGCCACAAUUAUGAUCCAAGCUCAUCCAGAGCGCGAAUACGAGCGUCUCCAAAAGGCCGUUCUGAACAUGCCUAUCAGCAACCCAGACGACAAGAAAGAGCGUUUCCCCAAAGAAAUCCCACGCCGGUUGUUCCCCGACGUCGCCGACCUUAAACUGAGAGAGGAAGUUGAGGAACAUAUCAUGAAGCACUGCGGUGUGGAUCUGCCCCGUAUCACAGAAGAAGAGCGUUCCCAAGCAGCUCGCGCAAAGAAACCCACACCAUCUCACCUCGAACCCUCCCAGCCUGCAACUCCCACCACAUCCGGCUCGACAGAGCGAUCCCGAUCCUUUGAACGGGGUCGACCACCUCCCUCGGCAUCAUCUUCCGCCGCCGUAAUCGACGACGAAGACGAACCCGCUCCCUCAAAACCAAUCGAGCGCGAGAGAAAACCAUACUCGGCUCAGCCCGGCGGAGGAAAGAAAUACGAAGAGGCCGGCCACACACGCAGCCGCACAGAAUCCUUCUCGUCGGGACGCCCACUAGACGUCCCAAGCUCGGUCACAAGUCAUCGACACUCCACCUCAGACAAAUAUAGUGCUGCCGAUGGUCUCUACUCGUCACGGACUGGCUCGGGAACUGGACAUCCACGGCGGCGAUACUCGCGAGGAUCACGCAGUUCGUCCCGCGGCAUGAGCCAUGAUUAUAGACAUUCGGAGAGUGACCUGCUUGGCCGUGAUGCGGCUCCCCCUCGAUACGGUGGUGUUUCCACCGGUGAUCUAUACACGGACUCGCCCACCUCGAUUUUGCCUGAGGAUGAUGUCCGUCGGUAUAGAGAGCACCAUCGCGGUGGAAGUCGUGCCAGUGAGGACGAGUACUACCGCGGCUUGUUGGGUGGGCAGGGUGGUGGACCUGUGCACGAGCACAAGCGGUAUCAUUAAAAUGUUCUUUGGUUGGUUCUGUUUCCAAGCCUUGUCCUUUCUGUGUUUUUCGGCUCUCGCUUCCUGGUUUCCACGCUGUUUCAUCACUUUUCGGCUUGGCGUUUUCGUGUGACAUGAAUAUACCCACCAGUCUCUGGGGUUGGCGAUGAUGACUGAUGAACCAUGUUCGAUACUUGAUGUUUUGGGCGCUAUUAAUAUAUCAUUUUUACUACAUG